AUGGGGCCAGCUUGGCUCUGGCUGCUGGGAACAGGAGUGUUGGCCUUUUCUGCACAUGGAGAUAAGAAUUUGAGGGCGCCUCAAGUCGCCCAUGACCAACUCUCAGAGCCAGCCCCCGCCUACCACAAAAUCACGCCCACCAUCACCAAGUUUGCUUUGCAUUUAUAUAAGCAGAUGGCAGCAGAUAACCCCGGAAACAUCUUCUUCUCCCCAGUGAGUAUCUUCACCACUCUGGCCCUACUCUCUCUUGGGACCCAGGCUGACACCCAAACUCAGAUCCUUGAGGGCCUGGGCUUCAACCUCACUGAGACACCAGAAGCCGACCUCCACCGUGGCUUCCAGAGUCUUCUCCAGAGUCUGGACUUGCCCAACCCCAAACUUGAACUAAAAGUAGGCAACUCCCUUUUCCUGGACAAGCAGUUCAAACCUCAGCAACGGUUUCUAGACAGCAUCAAGGAGCUGUACGGUGUGUUAGCCUUUUCAGCUAACUUCACGGAUUCCCCUGGGAUGUGGAGGCAGAUCAGUGAAUAUGUGAGAAAGCAGACGUAUGGACAAGUGCCAGACUGCCUGCAAGAGUUCAACCAAGACACACUCAUGGUCCUCUUGAAUUUCAUCUUCUUCAAAGCCAAGUGGAAGCAUCCUUUCACACGUUACCACACCCAGAAGCAGGAGAGCUUCUUUGCAGACCAGAGGACCUCUCUCCGGGUACCCAUGAUGCACCAGAAGGAAAUGCACAGGUUCCUCUAUGACCAGGAACUGGCAUGCACAGUCCUCCAGAUAGAAUACAGCGGGAACGCCCAGGCUCUGCUACUCCUUCCUGACCCAGGGAAAAUGAAGCAGGUGGAGAUGGCACUGCAGCCAGAGAUCCUGAGAAAAUGGGACCCGCUGCUCUUGCCCAGUCUGCUGGAUUUGCAUUUGCCACGGUUUUCCAUCUCUGGAACAUACAACCUGGAAGAGAUACUGUCCCAAAUCGGUCUCACCAACAUAUUCAACUUAGAAGCUGACUUUUCAGGAAUCACCGGGCGGCUCAACACAACCAUCUCCAGGGUGUCACACAAGGCAGUGGUGGACAUGAGCGAGAAGGGGACCAAGGCCGGAGCUGCAUCUGGCCUCCUCUCCCAGCCCCAGUCCCUGAAUGCAGCAUCGGCUUCCCACGUUCAUUUCAACCGGCCUUUCCUGUUGCUCAUCUGGGAUGUGACCACCCAGAGCUUGCUUUUCCUGGGAAAAAUUGUCAACCCAACUGCAGGGUGA